AUGGCCAGCGGCGACGCAUUUAGCGAGCUCGGCGACAAGACCUUCCUGACGUGCGCGAUCCUCGCGAUGCGGCACUCGCCCACGACCGUGUUCUGGGGCUGCUGGCUCGCGAUGAUCUGCAUGUCGACACUGUCGAGCUUCCUGGGCGCCCUGCUCCCGGCGCUCCUCUCGCAGCGCAUGGCCCACUGGAUCUCGGCCGCCCUCUUUGUCGGCUUUGGCCUCGUCGCGCUGUACCAGGGCCUGCACAUGACCGGCGACGAGAUGGACGAGGAGUGGAAGGAGGCCCAGGACGACAUUUGCGCGGACGAAGAGGACCACGAGCUCGAGCGGCUGGAGCGCGCCGACACCGACGCCCCGGCGACGGAGCGCCACGAGCCGCGGCGCGGCACCGCCGUCGAGGGCGCCCGCAACCUCUGUGGCCUGCUCGUCAGUCCAGUGUUCUCGCAGGCCUUCCUCCUCUCGUUCCUCGGCGAGUGGGGCGAUCGCAGUCAGAUCACAACCAUGGCCCUCGCCGCGACGCACCGCGUCGCGAUCGUCGCGAUCGGCACCUCCCUCGCGCACCUCGCCUGCAUCGUCGUGGCCGUAGUGGCCGGCGCCCUCCUAGCCCGGCACCUCAGCCUUCGCCACCUGACACUGGGCGGCGCUGCCCUCUUUCUCCUGUUCGGCCUCAUGGCCGGCUACGAGGCGCUGUACGAGGAGCCCCUCCGCGUGCCGCGGCCCACCCAGGACGCGCCAAGCGCAUCGUCCGUAUAA